GGUCCCGGCCGGGGUCCCGCCGCGUGCGUGCUCGGGACUGCGGGCCUCCCGGGCGCCGGGGGAGGCGCGCCCCGCUAGCUGGGCGACGCGAGCAGUAUGGGGCUCCCCGCACUCGAAUUCAGCGACUGCUGCCUCGACAGCCCGCACUUCCGAGAGACGCUCAAGUCGCACGAAGCCGAGCUGGACAAGACCAACAAAUUCAUCAAGGAGCUCAUCAAGGACGGGAAGUCCCUCAUCAGCGCGCUUAAGAAUCUAUCUUCAGCGAAGAGGAAAUUUGCUGAUUCCUUAAAUGAAUUUAAAUUCCAGUGCAUAGGAGAUGCAGAAACAGAUGAUGAAAUGUGUAUAGCAAGGUCUUUGCAGGAGUUUGCCACUGUCCUCAGGAAUCUGGAAGAUGAACGGAUACGGAUGAUUGAGAAUGCCAGCGAGGUGCUCAUCACUCCCUUGGAGAAGUUUCGAAAGGAGCAGAUUGGGGCCGCCAAGGAAGCCAAAAAGAAGUAUGACAAGGAGACAGAAAAGUAUUGUGGCAUCUUAGAGAAACACUUGAAUUUGUCUUCUAAGAAGAAAGAAUCUCAGCUUCAGGAGGCGGACAGCCAAGUGGACUUGGUCCGGCAGCAUUUCUAUGAAGUAUCCCUGGAGUAUGUCUUCAAGGUGCAGGAAGUUCAAGAGAGAAAGAUGUUUGAGUUUGUGGAGCCCCUACUGGCAUUCCUGCAAGGACUCUUCACUUUCUAUCAUCAUGGUUAUGAACUGGCCAAGGACUUCGGUGACUUCAAGACGCAGUUGACCAUUAGCAUACAGAAUACAAGAAAUCGCUUCGAAGGCACCAGGUCAGAAGUAGAGUCACUGAUGAAAAAGAUGAAGGAGAAUCCCCUGGAGCACAAGACCAUCAGUCCCUAUACCAUGGAAGGGUACCUGUAUGUUCAGGAGAAACGUCACUUUGGAACCUCGUGGGUGAAACACUACUGUACAUAUCAACGGGAUUCCAAACAAAUCACCAUGGUACCAUUUGACCAAAAGUCAGGAGGAAAGGGGGGAGAAGAUGAAUCUGUCACCCUGAAAUCCUGCACACGGCGGAAAACAGACUCUAUCGAGAAGAGGUUUUGCUUUGAUGUAGAAGCAGUAGACCGGCCAGGGGUCAUCACCAUGCAAGCGUUGUCGGAAGAGGACCGGAGGCUCUGGAUGGAGGCCAUGGACGGCCGGGAACCUGUCUACAAUUCGAACAAAGACAGUCAGAGCGAAGGCACUGCACAGUUGGAUAGCAUUGGCUUCAGCAUCAUCAGGAAAUGCAUCCAUGCUGUGGAAACCAGAGGGAUCAAUGAACAAGGCCUGUACCGAAUCGUGGGGGUCAAUUCCAGAGUCCAGAAGCUACUGAGUGUCCUGAUGGACCCCAAAACUGCUUCUGAGACAGAGACCGAUAUCUGUGCCGAAUGGGAGAUAAAGACGAUCACUAGUGCUUUGAAGACCUACCUAAGAAUGCUUCCAGGACCACUCAUGAUGUACCAGUUUCAAAGAAGUUUCAUCAAAGCUGCAAAGCUGGAGAACCAGGAGUCUCGAGUCUCUGAAAUCCACAGCCUCAUUCAUCGGCUCCCAGAGAAAAAUAGGCAGAUGUUACAGCUGCUCAUGAACCACUUGGCAAAUGUUGCUAACAACCACAAGCAGAAUUUGAUGACCGUGGCAAACCUCGGAGUGGUGUUUGGACCCACCCUCCUGCGUCCUCAGGAAGAAACCGUGGCAGCCAUCAUGGAUAUCAAGUUUCAGAACAUUGUCAUUGAGAUCCUUAUAGAGAAUCAUGAAAAGAUAUUUAACACCGUGCCUGAUAUGCCUCUCACCAAUGCCCAGCUGCACCUGUCCCGGAAGAAGAGCAGUGACUCCAAGCCCCCUUCCUGCAGCGAGAGGCCCCUGACGCUCUUCCACGCCAUGCAGUCAGCAGAGAAACAGGAACAAAGAAACAGCAUUAUCAAUUCCAGUUUGGAAUCUGUUGUCUCAUCGAAUGCCAACAGCAUCCUUAAUUCCAGCAGCAGCUUACAGCCCAACAUGAACUCCAGUGACCCGGAUGCCGAUGCGCCCAAACCUACCCGGCCCAACUCUCUCCCCCCGAAUCCAAGCCCAACUUCACCCCUCUCGCCAUCUUGGCCCAUGUUCUCGGCGCCAUCCAGCCCUAUGCCCACCUCAUCCACGUCCAGCGACUCAUCCCCCAUCAGGUCUGUUGCAGGGUUUGUUUGGUUUUCUGUUGCUGCCGUUGUUCUCUCAUUGGCUUGGUCCUCUCUUCAUGCAGUGUUCAGCCUCCUCGUCAACUUUGUUCCCCGCCAUCCAAACCUGCACUUGCUUUUUGACAGGCCAGAAGAAGCAGUUCAUGAAGACUCCAGCACACCGUUCCGGAAGGCAAAAGCCUUAUAUGCCUGCAAAGCUGAACAUGACUCAGAACUCUCGUUCACAGCAGGCACCGUCUUCGAUAAUGUUCAUCCAUCUCAGGAGCCUGGCUGGUUGGAAGGGACUCUGAACGGGAAGACUGGCCUCAUCCCUGAGAACUACGUGGAGUUCCUCUAACCAUGGGCCCCAGCAGACCUGCUGAGCUUUCCAUGGUAUCCAUGACAACCGCUGAUUCCAGUGUUAUUGGCCCUUUCUCUUUGCCACUGAGAAAUGCAGGGUGACUGACUCGGUUACUACCUGUCAACGCAAAUGUUUGUGUGAACUCUGGAGUCACCUACCCCCAUGACCAUGGCCACUGGCAUGCGGCGAUACUGCAAGGAACAGAAGGAAAUCAGCAGUGGAGACCAUUUGAAUUUGAUAACCGCGAGAGUGGCUGGCGAGGCCGUUCCUUUCCUUUAGCACCCUACAUAGGGAGCACUCAUUUUGUUUCAGCAGGCAUCCAAACCCCCAACCUUCUGAGACAGGAAGUAAGAAAGAUGUAAGUAGUCCUCAACAGCAUGCAGUAGCUUAAGUCUGACAGGGCUGGGCAUUGGCUCUGAGACCCGUUGCUUCUGUUUACAGUAGACCCUCUCUUACCCCCACCUCCAGAUAGUUGAGACCCACAGUGCUACAGGCAGCUGGGUCUGUCUGCAUGCACGAGGGAGAGGGGUUACAGCACUGUUUACAUAAGAUGCCAUCUCUCACCAUCUCCAGGCAGCGUUGGCCAAGCAUCAACAGAAUUCAGCUCAGUCCUCUCGUGCAAGAGAACACCCCCCCCACAUCCCCCCUCCCAAGCUAGGAACUUCGCUGCCACUGAGGGCUGCCAUCGCCUCGUAACCAUGGCAACCCAACCUACUCUGAAGCCAAGCCAAAAAAAAUAAUAAUAACACAGUUUUUGCAUGACAUAUUUUUUUUUCUCCCUGUUCUCUGGUCAUAUUUUGAAUGGUUUUCCAACAACCUGAAGGAGAAUGUGACAGAAUUAGAGUGGUCUGCUUGGAGCAGACAGAAUGGCAGCUGGAAACUGUUCCCUUUCUGAUGAAUUUCAACAGCAUCAGGAUAUAUUUGGAGCCAACUCUAGUAACCUCUUGAGAUUAAAUUACAUACCGGCUUAAUAUUUCUGUUCUUCCAUGCUUUCCAGGGGGCAAUGUGCUGCUUUCCCAUAGGUGACGUCCUCCCUUUGAUUUAUCCCUUCCAUUGUCUCCGGUGCGUGGCCCUUCCCCUGUCCUUGCCUGCCUAUAGCCCCUCGCUGACCGGCCCUGUGGCAGUGCCCUGGGCUGCUGAGCACUGGUGCUCUGGCAGCUUUCAGAAGUGAUUCCAGAGCUAACCCUAUGGCCUGUGGUUUUAAAGGACAUAUGUGUUCACUGCCACUCAGAAAAAGGGAAUUGUUUCUCAGUCUUUUGAGGCACAAGACUGGUAGCAUAAGCCAUCGUAAUUCAGGAGGUCACCACAAGGUUGAGGCAUGGAAGGCGGAAUGGGUACCUUCUGAGAAAGAGAAUUUCCUGCUCCAGAAGGGACCGGCUCUUCUGGAAGAUCACCUGAGGUGGGGAAGUUGGGCCUGGACAUGUCACAUCACUUGGCCUUCAAGUAACAGAAUUCCCAUUAUCGUCCAUGUUCGAAUGUCCUCGUAAGAGUGACUCCAGGCACACAGCCUCCAAACUGAUGGACUGAGUGACUCUAGGCACAUAGCCUCCAAACAGAUGGACCGUCACACUCCCCAGGAGCCCCUCGGAAUGGCAGCGUUGCUCCAGAGUGGGUCCUGCUUCUGGAAUUCCUCUUUAGGGAACUUUAAAGAAGAGAAAAACUUGAAUUGUGUUGAAUUACUGUAUCUUUUAACUUUUUUUUUUUAAAGAUAGUCUUGUAAAUAGAGUGAUUUGAAAUAUUAUAUGGAAAAGUUUUAUAUUUGAUAUUCUUGAAGCUAGUUGCUCCACACGUUUAAGCUCUGAUUGUUGAACAGCUGUGUGUAUGAGGGGGAGAGAGGAGGCAAGGUCAUCCCCUCCUCUGGCCUCGAGAAAGGAAAAAACGUUUCUACGCGCUCUCUGCUGGCUGUGUUUGGUGAGCAUGACACUGCGGGUAUUUAGUCGUCUUUAUGCCUAUGUGUUGUUGAGCUUUUCUUGGGCUUUGAAUUUGGAGAGAGAAAGAGCAUUUUCAGACAAUGAUUGUUUUAAAGAACUCUUGCUCAGUAGUAAGCAGCAGCUCAGGAUUCACAUAGGUGGGGCUCUGAGUUAGAUUUUGUUUUCCCGUGUUUCUUCUCAGGUGUAUUUCUUGGUACCCCAAGAUGUCAGGACGGAUGGUGAUGAGAUAGUUGUGUGCUUUCUGUAUCUAACUCCUCCGUGCAUCUUCCAGGGCUAUAUACACGAGGCCGAACUAUUUUGUAAACGUUGUGUGUGUCUAAGUUCUAGAAAAAACUGGCUUCUUAGGAUCUUGGGUCCUUAGUACACUGCUGCUUUCCCUUCCCCUAAAUACUUCCCUUCCUGUUCAUCUCAAAUUCCCUAUAACCCCCAAGCAGGAGGGUAGAGAUGAACUUAAAUUUAAAACGGUGAUUCAGUUCAUCAGCCCUAGGAUUUACACCGCUGUGGCUCAGGACCUCACCCCGCAGCAAGCAAGACACUACCCCUGAAUCAGGGAAUAAUUACUGAAACUGGAUAAGACCAAGAGAGGACUCGGGAAUGCUCUCAUUUCACACCCAAAAAGAAAGAGAACCUGCACACCGGCUACACAUACUCCCCGCAAACCCUGUCCAGCUUAGGGACCUGUUCACUGGGGCCUGAGGGGACAAGCCUGAUCUGUGCCACCGUGUACUCUAAAUGGAAAGAGCUCAACAUACGGUGUUUAACACCUUGGAUGUUUUACACGGUCACCUGCCACACUGGAACCUUAGCUAGAGCUGACACAGGGAAGCAGGAGGCCCAGGCCCUGAUUUGGGGAGUUCCUUGCUAAAGCAUAGCUGUCGACCCUUGGCCCCAGCUCAACCGCCCAAAAGCGUGUCCCUCCCUCCUCGGAUGGCCCUGAUUCGAAGCCAGAGGGGAAUGGAGCUGGUGCCAGCCUGCACUUUCAGGUAGACCCCUUCCCAGCUUCUCUGGGGCCAUGCUGGGCCCGUGGCAGAUGGCUGCCCUGCGUCCUUUCCCCAGCCAGGCUCACCUCCUCCCCAUUGGCUGCAGAACUGGACAGACCUUUCAGACUAUGAGCCAACAAAUAGGGAAGGAAUUUGAAGACCAAAAAUAGGUUUUACCUUCUCUCCCCUCUAGGGCCCCCACCCAUCAUUCUGCUUGAAUAGGGAACUUCAGGGCAGAUGAGAAGAGUGAACUAAGUAUCAUAAUGGAGGACUCUGGACCAAGAUCUCCAGGCUUUCCGAGGAGCCAUGCCCUAGGGUCGUGUAUACAGAGCCUGAAUCUUUUCUUGGGCAUUAUGAUCAGUCUGUCACUCCUCCUUUGGGUACUUAAAGAAUUCCAUAGCUCCAGAAUGCCAUGCUAUGAAAUAACUAGUUUCAUAUCCCUGCCCCUAAGCAAGUAAAUCUCACUCAAGACUGACGAUACUCUUCUCUUUUCAAAAAUUGAUAUAUAGGGAUGGACCCUGUAUAGCACAGCCUUCCUUAGUAUCCUAUAAUUGGAGCCAGUUAUUAGCUUAGUGUUUUAGUAAUUCUACAGCCAUUAUGGGUUUACCUCUGACAGACCAAACUGUCUUCUUGAGUGUAAUUCUAGUUCAUCUCCUUUUGCUGAGUGCUUUUUUGGAUGGAGAGGCAAAGAGAAAGAAAAGAAGCAAUCAAGUAUUGGCAGAUUGGCAUUACCGACAGAGCCAUGCUAGUAACAAGACCAACACCGUAUCAGGCACUUGCAAGGCUCCAGGGCUGCGUACGCUUUCCCAUAGCUCAGAGGGAAGUCCCUCUAUGAGCUAUGUCUCCUGACAGCAGCAAUGCAGUCACUCCAGAAGUUCCGUCUUGACUACAGAGACUGCAAAAGCAUCCAUGGUUGAAGGGUAGGGAGACAGAAAUAAUUGGCUCAAGGUAAUUUGAUCCCCUAUUCAUGACUAUUUCCUGGCACAUUUCAUUCUCUGGCUUCUGUUGCCAAAACGAAAUCUGGACCAACAGUUUUAUUGACACAGGAGUCGCAUGUAUAGCAGUGGUCACCGUGAUACUGACGGCGUGCUCUAGUACAAAACGUUUGAUGAGCAACCAUGUUACCCAAGGAGGUAGCCACCAUUGAAGAAACCUGAUAGCUACUUGACUUUAAAAGGAACAUCCUAGGUAUUCUGUCGGUGGAAUUCUCUAUCAUCUUCUGGCAAACUUGACAGUCAUCAGUUACCAAGACAACACUGCCGCACGUUGUCUUUUAAGCAACUGGGUGUCCUCUCACACACCCUUUGCUGGUGUUUAAAAAAUGUAUCCUGUGUUCAGAUGCGUUUGGCAGCCACGCUGAUCUGCUGGGUGCUCAACCACUUUUCAUUAAUUGUAACAUCAAAAUGACAACAGCAGAGCAAGGAACCUUGCACCAUCCUCCAGCAUGCCUGAGACAAGACUCCAACAAGUAAUAAUUAGUUUUUCUCCUUUUGCCGCUUACAGUACUUCUCUAGCUGAAGAACUUCCCAAAGCACAGAGAGAGACCGUGUAGAGAAUCCAGGUGUCCUUCAGAGUCGCCAGCCCUUGCUGAAAUGUGGUCUCCUGAUGGAAGCCCUUGUGUUCUUGGGGGAAAAGGUAUUGGAUGUGCAGGAGCAGAAAGAAAGAGAAAGGUGAACCACGCUGAAGAACUUAGGAUUAUGUUUAUAAGAAAGAAAUAUAGUUGGUAAUAGGGAAAAAUACAUCACAGAGGAAGUUUGCAGGUAGUGUUUUUACGAAAGUUUUCCAGGACACUACAAGACACGAACAUCUUUUGAGGUGGGAUACUGUAGGGAGCAAAGGCUUGGCAUAGUCCCAAAUGCAUAGAAGAAGAGCAAUUAGUAUUAUCUGAAAAUUCUCUUGAGUGUAGUCAGAACCAGAGUAUUGAUAACCAAAAUGUCACAUUUACCUGGAGCAGUCCUGGAGAGGUCACAGCAUUCUAUAUCCAUUUCUGCAAAGUUGUCCUGACAGACACCUAUGGGCAGCUACCUUGGAUAUCCAGAUGCAAAGGUCAACCUUGUACCUGUGAAAGAGGUUCGUCUAUUGAUUCUCAAGCAUCUGCCUAUUAGUAUGCAUUUGUGUAUGUGUACGUAAAGCACACAUCUACAUAGGCCAAGAUACAGAGUCUUCUCUGGAAAUCCACAAAAGCUGGCAUUUGCUGAGCCUUUGCAGCCUUUAAGAGUUAGAAGUUGGGAAGUAGAGAAACGGCAAGCUGUUGACUAUCAAAAUGACAAAAGAUGUAAAUUAAGUGCCAUUUUAAAACCUUGUUCAUAUUUAUCAAAUGGUUACUAUCAACAGCUAUAUUCCUUAUUCACAUAUUAAAAGUCGUGUUGAAAAACAGAUCAAACUCCUAAACCUGUAGUAGCUAAUACUAGGCUAGCACUCACAAGCACUCUAAAAGACAUUUUGUCCAUAUUUUGGAGAAGAAACUAUUUGCAUGUUUAACUCAUAAUUUAGGUUACCUUUGAGUAUACUGCAAAGUGCUGUGUGAUAUAAUAUCAAUAAAGUACUUAAAAAUGGCACUUUAAAUUUUUUAAACCAUAAAUAAUGCACUGUUUUAAACUUCAGUAUUGAAUAUUGACUGGUGUGUAAAACCCAAUUCUGUCAUUAAAAAGUAAUUUGUGACUAGACUAGAACUUGUUCCUUGUCAUUAGUAAUAAUAGUCUUGCCAUGUUGAGGCUUUUUGAAAAAUGUGCUUUUGUGUCACUAAGCGUAUCUAUAAAGACAAUGCGGUUUCUGUCAAGUGGCCUCUGAAACUUGGCUUUCUUUCAUUUGCUUGGUUUAUGUGACAAUCCUUAUGAAACGAAUGGAAGUAUGAUUUUUGAAUUAAAUGACUUUUCCAUUUGGUGGCA